UCUUCCUGGUACACGGAUUGAGAUAUAGCAUUUUGAAAACCUAAAUUUGAUUCAAUAUGGCAGCAUCAAGAUAUCUUUGUGGUGUCUGUACCCUCCGGCAUAUCUCCAAACCCUCCAUCGUCUGGUGUACUGAAUGUGACGAAGGAUUGUGCACGGAAUGUCAAGAACAUCAUAAUUUGUCUAAAGCUUCAAGAAACCAUGACACAAUACUAGUUACAGAAUACCAGAAAUUACCACCUGAUGUAUUAUCCAUCAGUCAAUACUGCGACAAACACAAAGAAAAAUAUCAAAUUUAUUGCAAAAAACAUGAAUGUCCUUGUUGCAGUAAUUGCAUCGUGGAAAGUCACAACGAAUGCCGAGAUAUCGUUACACUUGCUGGAGUCAUUAGGAACGUAAAGACUUCAAACGCUUUCUAUGAAAUAGAACAGAAUUUAGCGGAAGUUUUAGAAAACAUAAAAAAAAUCCGUGAAAACCGCCAAGACAACCUGAAAACAUUAUCAAAAGAGAGAGCGAUAAUUGAACGUGAAAUCGAACAGACCCGUGAAACUAUUUGCAACCAUCUUGACAAUAUGAAAAACGACAUAAUAAAGGAAUUAUACGAGGUAGAAAAACAGGAAAAUAAGGAGAUCUGUCAACUUAUAAAGAUGUUGGAAGAAAAGGAGAACAAUACAGUGGAAAGUCUGAGGAAAAUUGAAAGCAUAAGGCAACAUGCGUCAGACUUGCAGGCUUUUCUUGCUAUGAAACAAUUAGAAAAAGACGUAUUCCUGAAAGACGAAUUUCUGCAGUCACGUAGCGAUAAAGAUAUCGUAAAACAGUAUUCGUUGAUAUAUAAGCCAAAUGACACCUUAAAAACAUUUGCAUCCGAUGUAAAAGCGUUUGGUCAAGUUCUCAUUGAAACCAAACUACGCGUGGUUGCACUGACUAGGAACAAGGGAAGACAAGCUCAGAUAACGGUCCCAAACGUCGAAUCCAAGUCAAUUGAGGAAAUCAAUCUGCAACUUCACAAACAAUUAAAUCUUACUGGAAGAUACGUCUUUGGGUGUUGUGUCUUACCGAAUGGAAAAACUGCAUUUACAAAUUAUAACAACUGUGUCAUAAUUUUAAACAAAGACGGAUCUUUCGAUUCUAACGUGAAGAUACCCUAUUUUGUAUAUGAUGUAGAAUAUAUCAAUCAGGACAAUACUUUGGUUGUAACAUCUCCUUGCUCUCAUAUUACAAUUAUAGACAUGAAAGAUAAACAAGUUACAAAAAAGAUACCACUGAAUUCGGUCGCCCAUGGAAUAGCAGGAACAAAUGAUGGGCUCAUUUAUUCUGGAAGAGAAAAGGGAAUCCAAAUGAUAAGUCUACAUGACGAAUCUGUUCAGAAUAUAGUAAAAGAUGAAAUGCCUCAUUUUUGUUACGUUGCAACAUUUGAUAACAAUAUUUACCAUACAGACAGCAACAAAAACACCGUGACAUGUUAUGAUCUAAAAGGUAACAAACAAUGGGCAUUCAUGAACAAAUCUGUUUUGAAAUAUCCGACUGGUAUCUCUGUAGACAAUAAUGGGAACGUCUUCGUAGUAGGAAGAACUAGUAAUAACGUUGUAGUAAUAUCUGCUGACGGAAAACGACAUCGAGUGUUACUUUCCUCUAUUGAUGGACUUGAUAACCCAUGGUCUUUGCAUUAUGAUCGAUCGACAAAUCGGCUACUUGUUGCAAAUCAUAACGUCAAAGCAUUUGUUUAUUCAGUUGGUUGAAAAACUGGCCAUAUAGUUUAAUAAAACAAGCUUGUUAUU